AUGACUCUGCUUUCCAUUGGCUACCUACUCGAGACACCCGGCUGCUCGUUCCCGCUGUAUAACCCUUAUCAUUGGUCGGUCUCUUAUCGCUGGGAGAGAGUCAACGCUACCAAUGUCACGUAUGAGGAGAUAUGCUCAGCCCGAAACCGCACGGUGAUCUUGCAGGAAGGGGGCAAGUUCAGCUUGGACUCUAUUGGCCUUCUCCUAGCUUACAACGCUACAGUCCAAGGUACCAAGUGUUACUACCACGUUGUCUCCAGAGACGAAACCGCUUACAUACCGGACACAAAGCCUAUUCUGGGCCCAGCUCGUUCGCUGCCCUUCGGUGAACCGAUUGACGCAGAGUACGUGCAAGUGUCGUGCGAAGCUCGCGGGAAGCUGCUUUUCACCGAAUACUUUCUAAUUCCUCAGCCGAAGCAAGCAGUGCCAGACGCUGACGAACCGCAGGCGGAUGGUGCUGCAAGUACUCGCCAGAUGAGUGUCCUACUCCUAGGAAUAGAUUCGACCUCCAGGAUAAACUUCAACCGCCUCAUGAAGAAGACCCGCAAGUACAUCAUUGAGGAACUCAACGCUUUCGAACUGCUCGGCUUUAACAAAGUCGGCGACAGCUCGUUUCCAAAUCAGCUUCCGCUUCUCUCAGGAUUCUCUGGUCCUGACGCCGAGAGUUUGUUCAAGCGCUACAGCUUUGAUACGUUCCCUCUUCUGUGGAAUACGUUUAGGCUUGAGGGUUACACAACGCUGUUCCUUGAAGAAAUGCCGUAUUACGGUCUCUUCACCUACCCUAAUUAUUUAGGAUUUAACCGACCACCAACUGAUUACUACCCUGAACCUGUCUUGCGGAUGAUGGACGAGAAAGGAGGCAACGACCGUUUUUGCGUGGGCUCCCGCUUGAAGACGAAAGUCCUGAUCAGAUACCUGGCUGAUGUAUUGAAGAUGAACGUCAACCGGAGCAUGUUCUCGUACGUCUGGCUUUCCGACGUGACCCACAAUAACCUGAAAGGAAUCAAGGUCAUCGAUCAACCGCUCGAAGAAUUUUUCAGGCAACUUUCAGACGCCGGCAUCUUCGAAAACACCGCGGUACUUUUUCUCAGCGACCACGGAAACCGUAUCGGCCCAUACAGAAUGUCCGAAAUAGGUCGACACGAAGACAAGACACCCUUUUGUUUUCUCAUACUACCCAGGCGCUUUCUGCAAGAGUAUCCGGAAGCGGUAGUUCAGUUGGAAGUAAACCAGCGGCGUCUGGUCACUCACUACGACCUUCACGCUACGAUGCUCAGCCUAUCCAAGCUGCCUGCGUUCAACCCGGAGCCAACAAACAAGGGCCUGAACGUGUUCACUGUGAUACCGCCGGAAAGGACGUGCGCCGACGCGUUCAUAGCUCCCGAGUUCUGCGCUUGCACGGGUACCACGGGUGAGACUCCGGACCCAGGAGUCAUGCUGUCGUUCUCCCGUUACUCUGUGUCCUACAUCAACGCGCUGGCGAUGCUCCACUUUCCGGGCAAGUGCAUCGAGUGGCAGCUCGAGAGCGUGGAUGAGGCGUCCGCUCUAGGUGGCCGCGUCGCCGGCAAGCUCCUGCUCCGCGUGCAGGUGACUCUGACGCCGACGGCACACUUUGAAGUGUACGGGACGCUGCGCAAUGCGUCUUUAGAUGACAAGCACGUAGACUUCGUUCAGAGGUUGGACAAGUACAGCAAUGGGACCACGUGUUUGCCCAACAGCGCCUGGCAGAAAGUCUGCAUGUGCAAGCCCGAGCUGUUGAACAUUUCGUCGACGUUUCAGUCACCUGAUUCCGCUAGUCUCGAUGAUAUGGCUGGAAGUUGA